AUGGAACAUCAUCAAUUGCGUGCCUAUCUAUUAAAACUUCAAGAUCGUUUGAAUGAUAAUGAUCGAAAACGUCUACAUUUUCUCUUUGGUAACGAUGUUUCACCACAAAUUCGUGAUGAUCCAUCACUUGGUGGCACUCUCAGUCUUAUAGAAUCUCUCUUCGAUCAGGGCAAAAUCAAUGAACAAGAUGUCAGUGUUCUGAUAACAGCAUUCAAUGAAAUUCAAUGUCAUAAUGCGGUCAGAGUAUUUCAAGGACAAAUGCAACAACUACAGUCAAAGGCGUCUAAUGAACCAUUACCAAGUUUACCACAAAUCAACUCAACAACAUUUCAUCAACUCGUAGAAGAUCAAGAAGAUAAAUAUAGUGCUCGAAAUAGUAAGUAG